CUUCUAAUUGAAUAUUUUUGCUGCAUCAUUUGCUGCUACUUGGAAAAUGUUCAAUAUCUACUUUUUCAUCAGCUAUUACAUUUAUUUGACUGAAAAAUAUCCGUAUUUGUUUCGAUUUGACCGUUUCUUCAGACAUUAGUUUCAUUUUCAUUUGUCCGCUACGGAGUAGAAGAUGCUGCCUUAACAAGGACCAUUUUCAGUUGCGCCAUUAAAAUAUAGCGAUGGCAACUAACGAAGAUCCAGAUCAUGCUAAUAAGAAACUACGCACCACCGAAGAACGAAAUGACUCAGAAUCAUUCCUUGCUCGUGAAUAUCAGAUUGAAAUAUUGGAGGAAGCAAUGAGAAAAAAUACGAUUGCUUGUUUGGGUACAGGAACUGGAAAGACAUUCAUCGCAGUCUUAUUAAUUAGAGAGAAUGCAAAUGAAGUCAGAAUACCUUUUGAAGAAGGAGGGAAACGAAUAUUUUUUCUUGUUCCUACAGUUCCUCUUGUCAAUCAGCAGAAAUUAGUGAUAUCCAAACAUACUGAUCUGAAGGUGAAAGGUUUUUUUGGUGAAAUGCAAGUGGACAGCUGGAGUAUCGACGACUGGCGGAAGGAAUUCAUCGCCUCCGAAGUAUUAGUGAUGACAGCCGAAAUAUUCAGGAUAAUCCUCGACCACGCCUUCAUUUCUCCCAAGCAAAUACAGCUCCUAAUAUUUGACGAGUGUCACAGAGCACAAAAAGACCACCCUUACAGGCAGGCUAUGAAGUACUUGCACGACAAGCAGGAUGAACUGCCUAGAAUUUUUGGUCUCAGUGCUUCUCUGCUGAAUGGAAAGUGCAAACCUACUCAGUUGGAAAAACGACUGAAGGAGCUGGAGGCCACUAUGUUGUGCGGCAUCACGACUGCCAGCGACAUCGCAGAGCUGCAGAAGUACGGAACAGAUCCCGACGAGUAUGUUGUGUAUUUUUCCAGCUACGUAGAAACUGCCGCCAAUCUUAUGAACCAGAUAGAGAAAGUUACCGCAAACUUGAAAAACGAUAAGGCCGUUUCCGAAUCACAGUUGACUUUCGAGGGCCCGCUGCUGUCGGACGAAUUCGACGUCAUUUUCUUCGAUAAACCAGUAAAGUGUUUGAACUCUUUGCGCGAGACUCUGAAGGUGUUGGGCCCUUGGUGUACUUAUAAAGCGGCUGAAAUAUAUUUGCGAGAAAUUAAAUCGCUACUACAACGUCCCUUUUCUGACAAGUACAAGGACAGUUUAGAAAUUGUUUAUAAAUUUUUAGGAUACGUGAUGUCUCAAUGUUUAAUUUUGAAUGGGAACACAUUAGAAAUUCGUGAGGCGUUCCUUCCUGAUAAACUGAAAAGACUUCUACAAAUAUUUGUGGCAGCAAGGAACUGUGAAAGAAUUUCAAAUCCUGCCGUGGAUAAUGUCGAAGUAGAUUAUGAUUUUCUACAUUUACUCAAAUCACCGAAGAGGAUAAAAAGCAAGGUUCAAAUUUCGUCCAUAAUUUUUGUCAAACUACGAAUAACAGCGUACGUUUUAUGCGAAUGGUUGAAAGAAAUAAAAACAGCACACUCAGAUCUCGACUUUUUAAAACCCGAUUUUAUUGUGGGCCACGGUAGCUUGGGUCUCACUGAAACAGCUAUGUCGGAAAAACUGCAGAGAAAGAAAGUGCGUGCCUUUAGAAAUGAGGAUUGCAAUGUUUUGGUGGCAACAUGUGUUCUCGAAGAAGGAAUGGACAUAAGGCAGUGUAAUGUCGUCGUCCGGUUUGAUCUGCCUCCUGAGUUCCGAUCGUACGUGCAGUCGAAAGGACGUGCGAGAGCGAAAAACUCCAUUUAUGUUUUGAUGGUUGAAGAUGGACUGGAAAGCUCUAAAUUUCUUCAAGACGUGUGCAAUUUCAAAACUAUUGAAAAGCUGCUCCUGUCCAGAUGUUACAAACGUAGUCUACCUAGUGAAGAGGAUAUUUCAGAAGUCAUGGCAGACAAUAUAAUUGCACCUUAUAUGCCUUAUGGAGUGAGCGGUCCUCGAAUCACUAUGACCUCUGCUGUCUCUUUGAUUAACAGGUACUGUUCAAAUCUUCCCUCUGAUAUGGCAACUAAGUUAGUACCUCGUUGGACCAUCCAGAAAGUGGAUCCUUUAUUGCUGGAAUCGGAAUAUGUGUGUGAGCUCAAAAUGCCCAUCAAUUCUCCCCUAAGAAAAACCAUCAUUAGUGAACCUAUGAGGAAAAUGAAAUUGGCUAAAAUGUCUGCUGCCCUAAAAGUCUGUCAAGCGCUUCAUGAUAUUGGAGAAUUGAAUGAUCAUUUAGUUCCCAUCAGCUGCCUAGUUGAGAAAGCUUUAGAUGAGGAGUUAGGAGAUAUUGAGAAGGAAGAAACUGAGGAUGGAACCAUACCAGGAACAAACAGACGGAGACAACUUUACGAUAAACAUGUACCUAUUUUUCUGCAAAAUGCAAGGCCCAUUGCUGACAUACCUUGCUAUCUGCAUGUGAUCAACAUGACUCUCAUUAAUCCCCUCCCGAAUGUUUUGAAUCCUCGUGGGAGACCUAUCAUAGACCCUCAGCAGACCUCUAGAAGCCUAGGAUUGCUCUGCUCCUCAAAACUCCCUCCUGUGAAUGAGUUUCCUGUUUUCACAAAAUGUGGCAAAAUCAUGAUUGGAGUGAGUCUCUUGAAUCGUCCACUCUUUCUGUCUGCAGAAGAGAUCCAAAGGAUUGAGGAGUUUCAUAGAUUUUUAUUCUCUGAUGCCCUCCGCCUGGAAACAGGAGGGAAAACAUUUGAUCCUGGACAGCAUUCCUACUACAUCCUGCCCACCAAUAUUAACCAAAGAAAUCGGAAGAUGGAAGUUGAUUGGGAUUUUAUCUACUCUGUCAAAGACAAUAUAUAUCACGAGCAGCUCAAAGGGUCUAAAAACUCUCACAAUGUUUUCGAUGAAAAUUUAUUUCGUGAUGCCGUUUUGCUCCGUUCCUAUAAAUUGAAGACGGGAGAACGCCCUACGCUUCAUUACGUGAUGAGGAUAAUGAAAGAGCUGACACCAAACAGUAUUUUUGAUCCCAAAACAGGAGAAACCUUCAAAUAUUUCUAUAAAACUGAGUACGACGUUGAUAUAGUGGAUGAGAACCAGCCCUUAGUCGAGACGGUUCAAUAUGCAUCCACGCAUCUUUGGAAGCCUAUUUAUUUGUCACCCAAAGAGGUGUUUGAAGAUUCGUCCGAGUUGAGCAAGUCGAAACAGAGAAGGAGAGACUAUCACGAGUACUUAGUCCCUGAACUGUGUUUCCGUCACCCAUUCCCUGCCUCUUUUCUGUUCCAAGUCCUGUGCUUGCCCACCGCCCUGUUUCGUCUGAAUGGCCUCCUGUUGGCUGAAGAAAUAAGGCAAGCUGUGUCCAAUCAGAUGAAAGUCGGUGGUUCGGCUGAACCGCAGUCAUGGAGACCGUUCCAUCUGGAAACGAGUGACAAAACACUCAGAGAGUAUCUCUUUCGUAACAAACUUCUCGAUAGAAUAAAUCCUGCGGACGUUAUUGACCGUAGAGACGUCGUUAAAAAAGGGAAUUAUAUUGUAAGUUUUGAAAUAAAGGAGGAUUUAAGUUUAAAAUAUUGCCCUAGCCCCAGCAUGUUGCUCCAAGCGUUGACCACCAAGAGUGCCGGAGACGAAUUCGAUCUCGAACGCCUAGAAAUGAUAGGGGAUUCGUUUUUGAAGUAUGUCAUGUCUAUAAAAGCAUACAUGAAAUAUCAAAACUUUGACGAGGGGAAACUGACGUUAUUCAGAAGCAGGUUGAUACAGAAUUUGAACUUGUAUCAGAAAGCAAAAAAGAAGGGUCUGGGUGAAUACAUGACCACAACUACCUUUAGCUGUAGUAGUACCUGGCUACCCCCUUGCUACACCAUAGAGGAGCAAAUAGACAAGAAGUCUAUCCUUGUAAAAAAGGAGAGGGAGAAAAUUACAGAUGAAGUUCUGAGUCCCGAAGUAAAUCAGCAUAAGUACUUCACAAAGCAGGUGGUUUCAGACAAAUCUGUUGCGGACAGUGUGGAGGCCUUGAUAGGUGCAUAUCUACUCACGAGUGGUCCGAAAGGAGCUCUUAAAUUCAUGUCGUGGCUAGGCUUGAAGCCACUCCUCAGCGAAACGGACGAUUUCGAUAAUUGGCCGCCUACUCCGUCCAAUCCCAUUCUACCGGACGCCGUCCGACCGGAGCAACGCAUCGCUGGUUUCACCAGUGGUUUUGACAGAUUUGAGAAAAAAAUCGGCUAUACUUUCAAAAAUAAGGCCUACCUUCUGCAAGCCUUCACGCAUCAGUCGUAUCAUUACAACGACAUAACGGAUUGUUAUCAGAGACUUGAGUUUUUGGGAGAUGCUGUUCUGGAUUAUUUGAUAACGCGCCAGUUGUAUGAAGAUCCCCAUGAUCACUCCCCUGGGAAAUUGACUGACCUUCGCUCUGCGCUUGUGAAUAAUAUAUUUUUUGCCUCCUUAGCUGUUGCCUUCAGUUAUCACGAGUUCUUGAAAAUUGCCUCUCCCAACCUUUUCAAGCUUAUGUCACACUAUAUUGAACUAUUGGAAGAUACACAGGAGUUUAAAGACUUUCAAAAAGAUUUGUAUUACUUAAAAGAAGUGGAAUGUUUUGAACUGGAGGAGGUUGAAGUCCCUAAAGCUUUAGGAGAUGUUUUUGAAUCUGUUGCUGGUGCAAUCUACCUUGACAGUGGGAUGUCAUUAGAUGCCGUGUGGAAUGUCUACUUCCCAAUGAUUAAGCCAUCUCUGGAUCAUCUUACAGAAUAUGUUCCAAAGUCUCCCAUCAGGGAAUUAUAUGAAAUGGAGCCCAAGUUGAUGUUUGGGAAACCUAUCAAUCUAAAGACUGGCAAAACAAAGAUUGAAGUAUUUUUACCAAAUGGCAAUAAAUAUGAUGGAGUGGGUCCCAACAAGAAAGUCGCCAAAAGAUCAGCAGCUAAAAGGGCGCUGGCAGAUAUGAAGAGGAUGGAUUUCUGUUAAAUUUCUCUCGUGCACUCAACACAGUGAUAUUAUUAAACAUUGUUUAAGCUUUUGAAUUAUAUUUUAUGAAAUAUUUUUAAAGCUAAAAAUAUUUUUUGUACCUUUGUUACUGUAUUUUUACUAUUGUGAGUUAUUAUUUAAAUAAAUGUUUUGAAAGUGAGUCCUGUUAAAAUUUAUGACUCAGCAACAAAUGCCUCUGAUCAUAAUAAAAUAAAUUGAAUUAAUCUAA